AAAAUUGAUGUGAAUUGUGAUAGUGAUAGUGAUAGUGAUAGUGAAGUUAACACGCAGAUGGUAACUGCGAAACGUGACGAAAAUAUCGUCAAAGAUCGCGAUCUUUUACCGCAGCGUUACAGAGUUUUGAUAAAGCCAGUCGCGUCUGAAUCCGACGAAAUGCAGCCUGACAGAAAGCAGGCGAAAAUCGUUGGCAACACGACCGAAAUCAAAGUUUACCCCAGACGAUGGCUCCAACUCGUUCUCUUCGUCGUUUUUAGUACGGUGAACACCAUGCACUGGUACCAGUACACCAUCGUCAACAACAUUGUUAGCCGGUACUACAACGUUUCUUCGCUGGCCAUCGACUGGACUUCGAUAAUUUUCAUGGUGACCUACAUAGUCGUCAUCAUUCCAGCUUCCUACGUUACCAACAGAAUCGGUUUACGGUGGACCGUUCUUGUCGGAGCAACGCUCACCUGCAUCGGGGCUUGGUUGAAGGUUCUUUCGGCCUCCCCGGACCGCUUCGUGGUCACCUUCAUAGGCCAAUUCCUGGUCGCGGUUGCCCAGGUCUUCAGCCUCCCUGUACCCGGACGACUAGCGGCUUACUGGUUUGGACCCAAACAGAUCGCCCUGGCAUCGGCCUUCGCCUGCUCCGGCACUCAUAUCGGGUACUCGAUCUGUUUCCCGAUCAUGCCACUCCUCGUAAGGAACCACGAUAAAAUCGAGGACAUUGGAAAAGACUUGGCCAAGGUUUUCUGGGGGUCUGCUCUGUGCUGCAGUGUCGUUGCCAUCGCCAUAAUUCUACUUUUCAAGGAUGAGCCGUUACUGCCCCCCAGCGAUGCGAGGGCGCUUCAAAAACUGCACAAGGAAAGGUCUCCCGAAGGAUAUUGGCCACCUGUGAAAAGGAUACUGCGCAACAGGGACUUCAUUCUACUGUGGAACUCGUACGGCAUUAUAAUGAGCGUUUUAGGAUCCACGAACACUGUGCUGAACUCGUUAUGCCUCGUUCACUUCAAGAACAGCGAACAACUCGCUGGAAAUCUAGGCUUGGCCAUCGUUGGCACGGGAGGUUUGGGCACGGUGUUCCUGGCCAUCAUUGUCGACAAGACAAAGGCAUUCAAAAUCAUCCCCAUGGCAAUAGGGAGUCUCGCUCUAAUUUCGGAAAUCUUGUUCGCGAUCAGCUUUUUGCUAGAAGUCCAAUGGAUGGUCGUGGUGACCGGGAUGAUACUUGGGAUUUUCCUCGUCGGUUGGGCCAGCUUGGGGUUCGAGCUCUGCGCCGAGGCCACUUAUCCGGAGCCCGAGAGCACGACAGUGGGGAUUCUGAACAUUUCCAUUCAGGUGUACGGCACGUUGAUGGUACCGAUCGUCCGGAUGCUGAUAGAAACAUACGGCGAUAAGUCCGCGCACUAUUGUCUCAGUGCAGCUCUGCUCAUAGGAACCAUAUUGAUAUCCUCAACGAGGGGUAACUUCCGGCGGCAGAAAGCCGAGCAAAUCGCCAAGUACAACCCCGUCGCACUUCAGGAAUUCGCGAAACCUGAGUAUAGGCAAUAAAUUUUGCAUUCUAACGCGCGAUAGGUUGAUUAAUAGGAGUUUGGUGUUGUUUUUCUUUUUC